AUGGGCAUCGCCAGCCAUGCCAAGGUGGAUGUGCCCCAAGGCUCUGAGGGCCCCCGGGCGGGCGGUGAGCGCGGCCCGCCGUGCCGGUGCCGGUGGCGGUGCCGGCCGCCCCGCCGCGCUGCACGGAGCAUGCCUCUGAGCCCUGCCGGCAGCAAGCAUGAGAGCCCGGAGUCGCCGCCGCCAAAGCCGCCGCCGGAGCGACAGUCCCGCGCCGCCGCCACCGGGGAGCCGGGCGCCGGCCUGCGGGAGGAGACGCGGCUCGACCCGGCCCGGGGCGUCCCCGGGCCCCGCUCCCCCAAGCUGGCGGCCCCGGUGCGCAUGGAGGAGCCCGCGCCCGGCGCCAUCGUCGUCCGCAUCGGCAUCCCCGACCUGCAGCAGACGAAGUGUCUGAGGCUGAACCCUGACGUCCCUGUGUGGGUGUCCAAGCAGCGCAUCCUCUGCACCCUGAACCACAGCCUGAAGGAUGUCCUCAACUAUGGCCUCUUCCAGCCAGCCUUCAAUGGCCGUGCCGGCAAGUUCCUGGAUGAGGAGCGGCUGCUGCGGGAAUACCCCCUGAACCCCGACACCCCUGUGCCCUACCUGGAGUUCCGUUACAAGAGACGUGUCUACACCCAGGCCCUGCUGGAUGACAAGCAGUUUGCCAAGCUCCAUACCAAGGCAAACCUGAAGAAGUUCAUGGAGUAUGUGCAGAUGCUAAACGUGGAGAAGGUCUGCAGGAUGCUGGAGAAGGGACUGGACCCUAACUUCCAUGAUCCAGAUACUGGAGAGUGUCCCCUGACGGCGGCAGCCCAGCUGGAGCUCAGCAGUGAGACGAUCAAGGCCCUGCGCAACGGUGGAGCUCACCUGGACUUCCGCACGCGGGAGGGGAUGACCGCCCUGCACCGCGCCGUGCGCUGCCGCAACCACACCGCCCUGCUGACCCUGCUGGACCUGGGUGCCUCUCCUGACUACAAGGACAGUCGAGGGCUGACUCCCCUCUACCACAGUGCCAUGGUGGGGGGGGACCCCUACUGCUGUGAGCUGCUGCUGCAUGACUACGCCCGGCUGGGCUGCGUGGACGAGAACGGCUGGCAGGAGAUCCACCAGGCGUGUCGCUACGGCCACGUCCAGCACCUGGAGCACCUCCUGUUCUAUGGAGCUGACAUGGCUGCUCAGAAUGCCUCAGGAAACACUGCCCUCCACAUCUGUGCUCUCUACAACCAGGAGAGCUGCGCCCGGGUCCUCCUCUUCCGUGGGGCGAGCAAGGAGAUCCGCAACUACAACAGUCAGACGGCCUUCCAGGUGGCCAUCAUUGCAGGAAACUUCGAGCUGGCUGAGAUCAUCAAAACCCACAAAGAGUCUGAUGUUGUGCCUUUCCGGGAGACCCCCAGCUACACCAAGCGGCGCCGGCUGCUGGGUGCCAGCCUGGCCUCACCGCGCGUCCUGCAGCGCUCGGCCAGCGACAACAACCUGAAGGUGGACACCAGGGGCUCCUAUUCGCCAGUGCCAUCCCUGCGCAGCCUGCCCCCGCAGCUGCUGGCACAGAUGCAGGAGGCAGCGGGCACCGAGGGCAGCCUGGCCAGCUCGGGCAGUGCCCGCAGUGCCCACAGCCGCUCCCCCUCCCUGCAGCGCGUCCAGGAGGAGAAGGAGGCCGAGAUGCCAACCCUGCGCCGGGGCAGCCGCGGCAAGGCCAGCCCCGGCGGCCCGGCGGGGCCCCCGGGCCCCGGCCCCGAGCCCGCACCGCACGCCGCGCCCGCUCCGCUGCGCGGCCCCAAGCGGAAGCUGUACAGCGCUGUGCCCGGCCGCCGCUUCAUCGUGGUCAAGAGCUACGCGCCGCAGGGCGAGGGCGAGAUCCAGCUCAACCGCGGCGAGGCCGUCAAGGUGCUGAGCAUCGGUGAAGGCGGCUUCUGGGAAGGCACGGUGAAGGGCAGGACCGGCUGGUUCCCGGCGGAAUGCGUCGAGGAGGUGCAGAUGAGGCAGUAUGACCCACGGCAAGAAACCAGAGAAGACAGAACCAAGCGUCUCUUCCGCCACUAUACUGUGGGCUCCUACGACAACUUCACCUCUCACAGUGACUACAUCAUCGAGGAGAAGACAGCUGUGCUGCAGAAGAGGGAGCAUGAGGGCUUCGGGUUCGUGCUGCGAGGGGCCAAAGCUGAGACCCCAAUUGAGGAGUUCACCCCCACCCCAGCCUUCCCCGCGCUGCAGUACCUGGAGUCAGUGGAUGUGGAAGGUGUCGCCUGGAGAGCAGGGCUGCGCACCGGGGACUUUCUGAUCGAGGUGAAUGGUGUCAACGUGGUGAAGGUGGGGCACAAGCAGGUGGUGUCCCUGAUCCGACAAGGUGGCAACCACCUGGUGAUGAAGGUUGUGUCCGUCAGCCGCAAGCCAGAGUCAGAAGAAGUGGUUCGGAAGAAGGCGCCACCACCCCCCAAGAGAGCCCCCAGCACCACCCUCACCCUGCGCUCUAAGUCCAUGACUGCCGAGCUGGAGGAGCUGGCCUCCAUGAGGAGAAGAAAAGGGGAGAAGCUGGAUGAGAUCCUGGCUGCCGCCGAGCCAGCACUGAGGGCGGACAUGGUGGAAGCGGACUCCAGGGCAGCCACCGUCAAGCAGCGGCCAACAAGCCGCAGGAUGACCCCCGCAGAGAUCAGUUCCCUGUUUGAGCGGCAGGGGAUGGCUGCCCACGCCGGGGUGCUGGCCGAGAAGCCUCACGUCUCGCUGCGCAAGGGCAUCCCUAGGACCAAGUCUGUAG